GCGAAGUUCUAAAUAGAAAAUGACGAUCAUUUGGUACCUUCCCGUGAUGUAGCUUCAGGUAAAAGUGGGCUGUUUGAAACAGCAAUUUGUGUUAAAAGUUGCCGCUCAAACAUCAAAGGUCCCAAGUAAAAAGUCCCCCCAAUUUUUUUUCUUCAGUUUCUUUCCUUUGCUUUUCUCUCUUUUAUUAAGCAUAAUGACAACAAUGGAUUAUUCGGCAAAUAACAAUAACUCUUCAUCGAGCCCCUUUCCUCUUCGACGACGAGGGUCCGUGCUCGGAUGGUCUGAGGGUUUGAGCGUAAUAUCACCCACGAUAUGUCAGGUCACGGCCUGGUAACGACUGUCCCACAUGAAGUAUCCAUCGUAAGAGGAGAUCCUGGUAUUUUAGGAUUGGCAGGGUUUGCCCUUAUCACCUUCUGUUUCUCGGUUUUCAACGUCGCCUUUCCAAAAGAAUCACCCAAUAUCUUGUUACCUGCAGCUCUUUUGUUUGGUGGAAUCCUGCAGAUUAUUUGUGGGCUGUUAAACUUUGGAAUUCCUGGUGGUACAUUUACGGCCACUGUUUUAUCGUCCUUUGGAGCAUUUUGGGCAGGCCAAGGUCUAUUGAUGAUACCUAGUCUUUCUACCAUUACUGGACUAUAUACUACGGAGAUGCUUGCUAAAGCGAAUGGCGUAUACAACUUAGCAUGGUCCCUCACUGCAUAUUGGUUUAUGUUUAUCUGUUUGCGACUCCAAAAAGGCAACUGGGUUCUUGUUUCUGCAUUGUUCUUCGUUGGAACCACAUUGCUCUUGCUCUGUAUAGCAAGCUUUUCCGAAGUGGUAGGGUGUCAACGAGCUGCAGGAGUUACUGGAUUGAUAGCGGCUGUACUUGCUUGGUGGAAGGCGACGGCCGAUCUUUUGAUCGAAGAAGGAGAAGUGAUUCCGACUGGCCGAUGGGAUCGUACUAUGGAGAAGAAAUCGGCACUUGAUACUGCUGUUUAGCAGCAGAUCGAUCAAAAAAAUAGUUGGUUAUAUCAUAAUUAUUUUAUAAUAAAGUCUUUUGUAUACAGAAAUGCUUGAAAUCUA